AUGUUAAGGGAGCUGGAAGCAGUUGGCUUCUCAUUUACAACAGGGGUCCAUGAGAUGAGGCGUAGGCUAUCUGGCUAUGGUUGGGCGAAGAUGAUACCAAUCUCUAUUGUUUCAAAGUAAAGGACAUGUGCAAGAACUGUGUACCUUUACUUGCCUCCUAAUCAUCUAAGUUGGGAGAAUAUUAAAUUUCUAUACCAGAUGAAAUAAAUGGCGCCGAACUUUGAGGAAGGAAAGGUAGAAGGAGAGGAAAAGAAAGAAAACGCAAAUAUCCAUGACCAUAAUCAUGAUUUUCCUGGAACCUUUUCCGAGUCAUUGGUGAGAGUCCUGUACGAACUGUGAAGUUUGGAGACCAAUCUAAAGCUAUUUUAAUUACUAAAAAGUUUCAUAAAAAAAAAAUAAAAUUGAAUCUGUUUUAAGAUGUUGACAAAUCUGAUUCAUCUUCUAAAUGCUGCAUUUGCAAGCUAGUUGAUAUGGGGAUAGUCCAAACUCAUUCAAACCCAACCACACCAAGCCAUGAUCGGUUAUCACUUUUCAACUCCUUAAAUUCAAUCUUUAAUGUAAUUGAAAGAAAGUUUUGACAUUUCUUCAACCAGUAAAUUGCAAUGCUAUGGAUGUUGUCAUUUUAACCUUUAAGAUUCGAAUCAAAAUUUAAAAACGAAACGAAAUGAUUUGAGAAAAUUUAAACAUAUUCUUUAGAUGUCAGCCCUCAAUUGUUGAAAACAUAAUUUCAGUAAUUAAAAGUUGUUAAAAUACUUAAAAAAAACAUUACAAUAUCUCUCUCAUUUCAAAAAAAAAAAAAAAAAUACAAUCUCUCUAAAUGUUUGGCACCAAAGAAAGUAAGAAAAGAAAAGGCCAGAGCCAGACCUCCCUCCCAGCCCAAGGCCUUUUCGUUCACCGUAUUAAAACCUUUUGUUUUUUUCUUUGAACACUUUUUUCACUCUUCAAUGCUUUGAACUUUGAUCCUUCAAACGCACGAUUUUUUCCGGUCUUUUUCGAACAUAAAAUUCGAGUAGUAAACACGCAACUUAUCUCAUCCUUUAGCAAAGACCUUCCUUUUUGUCUCACAAUUUGAUCAAAGAAUUCCUUCCUUUUUUUCUUCUUUUCUCGGAUGAAUACAUUAGUAAUUCAUCUUGCAGUUUCCUAAAAGGAAAGGUGAUUGUUGGCCAAAAAAAAAUAGAAAAGUUUAAUCUUUGGUUGUUGUAUUCCCGUUCUUUCUUAAACAAACGACAAUUGCCCAUUUAUUGUCAGUCAUCACUCUCUCUUUUUGCUAUUCAAGACUCAACCAAGAAAAGAAAAACCAAAAUCGCCAUGAAAGAAGACCAACGCCCUCUUCACCUCCAUAACCCCCAAAGAAACAAGCUUUCCAUCACCAAACUCUUCACUCAUACCACUGCGUACGUUAUAAUCGUCUUGCUCAGCUACACCUUGGGUUACCUCUCCCAUUCCUCUCCUCCCCAACAACAACAACAACAACUACUACAGCUUUCUCAACUAAAUCCUCCUUCAGUUUUCCAACUCGCUAACUUACCAAGCCAACUCGACAACUUCCGGGUCACAACUCACUGCUCCAACUCGCCUCUCCCUCCUCACCUCGUCUUCCCAACGGUUCUUGACCGCGUCUUUAACGGCUCCUCUCCUUACACCAAUUUCCCGCCUCCCUACCUUCGCUCCUUUCUCAAGCAAAAAAGAAUCAAAGGCUGGGGCUCCGAUGGUGCCGUUUUCGAAAACUUGAUCAAACGAGUGAAGCCCCGAGUUAUCAUCGAAGUAGGCACUUUCUUGGGUGCUUCAGCUCUCCACAUGGUCAACCUUACUCGCAAAAUCGGCCUCCAAACUCAGAUACUCUGCCUCGAUGACUUUCGUGGAUGGCCAGGUUUCAGAGACCGUUUCAAGGACAUUAACACGAUAAACGGCGACGUUUUGUUGCUUCAACAGUUCAUGCAAAAUGUGGUUUAUUUCAACGCUACCAGGUCGGUUUUACCCGUUCCAUUCUCAACAGCGUCGGGUCUACAGAAGUUAUGUGAGUGGGGAAUAACCGCUGAUUUAAUAGAGAUCGAUGCGGGCCAUGAUUUCAUAUCCGCUUGGGGAGAUAUAAACCGGGCGUAUCGGAUCUUGAGACCCGGUGGGGUAAUUUUUGGACACGAUUAUUUUACCGCGGCGGAUAAUCGUGGGGUAAGAAGAGCAGUAAAUUUGUUUGCACAAAUAAAUAAUCUCAAGAUCAAAACUGAUGGUCAACAUUGGGUCAUUGAUACUGCUCUAGCAAUACAGAUUUGAUAGCAAAUAUAGUUCUUUUUUCUUAGGGGGGAAAUAAUUUUCUUGGGUUUAUCCAUGGAAAAAUGUAACAAAAUUUCCAGAGUUGAUUCUAUAAUAAUGGCAUUAUCCAGAGUUGAUGGUAAUCAAACAAACAUUAACGGAAGAAAAAGAAAUGAUU